AAUCUGAUGAUGCAUCCCCUACCAUUUGAUACAAAAGAAACUAGUCGUUACAAAACGUAACGGCUAGAUUUUAUUUUAAACUUCAAAAAACAAAAACCCUCAUUUCAAUUUCGGCUAUUCCUACUCUUCUCUUUCUCUUUCCUUUUUCAAGAAUACCAAAACCUCUCUCUCUCUCUCUGCAAAUCUCUAAUCCAUAAUUCCAUAUACAGCUUUCUGGGUUUCUCUCUUUCUCUCUCUCCGUCUCUCUUGGAGUCUUCUUUAAACUCAAUCUUGAAAUUCUUGGUUUUCAUUCUAAUGGCUCCCACGCCAUCUUCAAAAGUAAAUCAAGCCCACCCGACACAGAUCAAAACACCACAAUCCAAGCUUCGUUUGCAUUACAACAAUGCAAACAAACCAAACCCAUCUUCGAAUCCAAACACACCGGCCAAAGAAACCCCACACCCACAAGAACACCCGGUCGAAGUAAUCGCUCGGAUACGAGACUUCCCAGAUCGGAAAGAAAAACCCACUUCGGUUUUGAAUGUUAAUUCAAACAACCAUUCCAUUCGGGUUCGAGCCGAUUUUGGCUACCGGGACUUUAGCCUAGAUGGGGUUUCUCUUUCCGAAGACCAAGACCUUGAUCUCUUCUACAAGACGUUCGUGGAGUCAAGAAUCCACAGCGUGAAGUUAGGAGAAAAAUGUACCAUUAUGAUGUACGGUCCAACGGGUUCGGGCAAGAGUCACACCAUGUUCGGGUGCUCGAAGCAGCCGGGGAUUGUGUACAGGUCUUUGAGGGAUAUUCUUGGUGGUGGUGAGGAAGAAAGUGAUGGCAAAAGCGAGAUUGUGAGGGUUGGAACGUUUGUGCAAGUUACAGUCUUGGAGAUAUACAAUGAGGAGAUUUAUGACCUUUUGUCAAGCAAUGGUGGAGGAGGAUUAGGCCUUGGAUGGCCUAAGGGCAGUGCAUCCAAGGUUAAACUUGAAGUAAUGGGAAAGAAAGCAAAGAAUGCCACCUAUAUAUCUGGAAAUGAAGCAGGAAAAAUUUCCAAAGAGAUACAAAAGGUGGAGAAGCGAAGGAUUGUUAAAAGCACCCUAUGUAAUGAGCGAAGUUCUCGAAGCCACUGCAUGAUAAUUCUGGAUGUACCAACAGUGGGAGGGCGCCUGAUGCUUGUAGACAUGGCUGGAUCUGAAAAUAUAGAGCAAGCUGGUCAAAUUGGAUUUGAGGCCAAAAUGCAGACAGCAAAGAUCAACCAGGGAAACAUUGCAUUGAAAAGGGUGGUUGAAUCAAUUGCCAAUGGUGAUUCUCAUGUGCCAUUUAGAGACAGCAAAUUGACCAUGCUUCUGCAGGAUUCUUUUGAGGAUGACAAGUCAAAAAUUUUAAUGAUACUGUGUGCAAGCCCUGAUCCUAAGGAGAUACACAAGACGAUUUGUACCCUUGAAUAUGGAGCAAAGGCGAAAUGCAUUGUUCGUGGUCCUCAUACACCAAAUAAGGAUAAAAUUGGAGCUGAAGACUCUUCUUCUGCAGUCAUUUUAGGAUCAAGGAUUGCUGCCAUGGACGAAUUUAUUUUUAAGCUACAAAGGGAGAGCAAACUUAAAGAGAAAGAGCGAAAUGAAGCACACAAAGAACUGCUAAAGAAAGAAGAAGAAGUUACUGCACUAAGAGCUAGACUUGAGCUUAUGGAAGGGAAGGGAACUGGGGCAAGUGAGGAGGAGAUCAACUUAAAGGUGAAUGAGCAAACUCAGAUUCUCAAACGUGAGCUGGAAAAGAAGUUGGAUGAGUGCCAGAGAAUGGCCAAUGAGUUUGUUGAAAUUGAGAGGAGAAGAAUGGAAGAAAGGAUAUUGCAGCAACAACAGGAAGUUGAAAUGCUGCGACAGAGAUUGGAGGAGAUUGAGUUUGAGCUGUGCCGUUCAAGGGAUGGAAGUGUUGAUGAAAGUGCAUCAAAGGACGUGGAGGGAAGCAGGUUUGCCAAAAGGCUAUUGGGGAUGUACAACAAUGAGGAUCCUGGAAUGGUGAAAUCGAUGGAUUUGGACAUGGAUGAUCAAGAACCAGUUGUUCGUGAGGUGAAACACAUUGGUGGGAUCGUUCAUAAUACUGGCAUCCAAGGUGUUUUCGAUAAUCUUGUGGAUCAUAAUAUUUUUGCACCAAAAUUUGGUGACAGGGUUGGUCUGAGCACUGUAUUUGAGGAAGAAGAAGUAGAAGGGGAUGAUGAACAUGAAGAGAAAGUGCUAGAUGAAGAAGUGGAGAAAGAAAUUGUUGAGGAUAAGAGGGUCUGUAUGGUUGAUCAGUGUAGCCCCAUAAACAGAUUUGAACAAACACCGUUUCUGCCUAGCAGAAGUCCAAUGAGAGAAGAAUUUUUGAAGGAAAGAUUAGAGCUCAUGGGUUCAGGAUUGAUAGAUGAUCCAGAAAAUGCUAAGGAAACAGGAUCUUCUAGACGGUUGAGAAUCCAGAAUAUAUUCACACUUUGUGGGAAUCACAGAGAGCUCUCUCAACACAUCAGAACCCCAGUACCGCCAAAAAAGAAGUCAGGAACCAUUGAUCCUCAGUUAUCUCCGGUAAUGACAAAUGGGGAUGAUUCUGUUGUAAAAAAUUUCAACAAGGAAAAUUUGGUGGUCCAGAAAGAUAUGCCUGUUCCAGAGUUUGGAGCCUCAAGUCCCGCACUUAUUGUGGAUCCACUUGCAUCUGUUAAAGAAGUAAAAGAUCAGAAACUGACAGAAACACAGAUCUACAAGAACAGAGUAUACAAUGAGAUGGCAUUGGCUUCAAAGGAGAACUACAACCCUUCACAUGAUGGUGCUGAUUCACUAAUAGAUGUGCACUUGAAAUGGGAGGCUUCAAAGGAAAAUCCUGGGAAGUUCAUUACAACCCUCAAGGUUGUAAAGGAUGCAAGCCUUGCUGACCUGAGGAAGCUGAUAGAAAUCCAUCUUGGUGCAGACAAUCAAGCAUUCACUUUUCUUGUGCUUGGGGACCCUACUGGAGCUCCAGUACCAAAGGAGAAGGAAGGAAUGGUACAGGCCAUUAAACUUCCUCUUUGCAACAACCAGUCGAAUGGCCACUUAGCUUGCUUGAGACCUGCAAAGGGAAUGCAGUACACUAGUCAGACUCAUCUCCCACUAACUCCACUUCCAUUGAGGCCGUUGGAAAACAAACUACCACUCGCUCCAAAUUCAUGCUUCUCGCAGGUAGUUUGAACAAGGUUAUGUUUGAACAUUUGAGUGGUGCUGCAUACUUUUGUAUUGGAAAUAUUGUAAUUAAUUUGUUUCUUUCUCUUUGUCAUGGAUCGAUCAGUGUGUGCAUAGUACAACUUUCUUCGUUAUGGAUCAAUAGGAUAUUAUGAUUCCAUAUCCUAGAUUCAAUCA